AUGAAACUGCAAACUGAGCAAAAUAGCGCCCCCGCGAUUUCCUUCGAAAACCGAGAAGAAGUACUCAGCGUAACAGAGGAGAAAAGUGAGAAACAGGAAAAGAGGAAGAAAUUGAAAUGGAAGGAAAUUGAAGGUACAUCAACUACAGAUGUUUCCGAAUCAGAUGCCAAAUUAUCGACAGAGCCAAUCAGUAGCUCCGAUAGCUCAGAUAGUUUCAGGAAAAGGAAACGGAAAAAUAAGAACUAUAAUAAGGAAAAACCCCAAAAAACCGUUAUGUCGAAUCCGUACACGUCGACCGAAAAUUCUUCGACUGAAUCGAGCGAUAGCUCUGAGUCGUCAUCAACGACGAUGUCUGAUAGCUCAUCCAAUUCCAAAUUGUCCCAAAAUCGAAGGAAUAAGAACAGAAAACAUCGAAAAUCGAAACGAAAUAAAGAACCGAUGAAACGAAUUCCUAUCUCAGAAUGGCGAUUGAAAUAUGACGGUAAGGACAAUGGACGUAAAUUGGCCGAAUUUCUAAAAGAAAUUAAAAUGCAAAGUAAAUCAGAGGAUGUCACCGAUCCUCAAUCACACUGCUCAAUCAUGAAUCCAGUUCGCUCUCUAUUGAAGGUAACAGCGCUCGGAGCAGCAACCUUUAGCAUCACCUGCCUGUACAAGGGAAAUGAAAGGUUCUACGAAAACAUUUUCAUGCCGAUCGUUCGGCUCGCUCCGCCGGAAACUGCUCAUCAUCUGGCGGUGUUCGGCCUGAAGCUGGGAUUGAUUCGACCCGGAUAUCAAGAUCCCGGCGUUCUGCGCACCCAGCUGAUGAAUAUGGUUCUGCGCAAUCCGGUCGGUAUCGCUGCCGGGUUUGACAAACAGGGCGAAGCGGUCUGUGGACUGCAUUUGCUUGGGUUCGGCUUUGUGGAGGUCGGAUCGGUUACGCCCCAGCCGCAGCCGGGAAACCCGGGACCGCGAGUGUUUCGUCUGAAAGAGGAUAAGGCGAUUGUCAAUAGAUACGGAUUUAAUAGUGAGGGCCACAAAGUGGUUUACGAGCGGCUGAAAGAAGCUCGUCAAAAGUGUGGCGAAGAUGUUGCUUUAGGAAUUAAUUUAGGAAAGAAUAAACUUUCAAAGGAUGCGAUCCGCGAUUACGUGAAAGGAGUGAAACGAUUUAGUGGCUUAGCUGAUUAUCUCGUUAUCAAUAUAAGUAGCCCGAAUACGCCCGGUUUGAGGACUAUGCAAAACAAAAGUACGCUUUUCGUAUUGUUGAGUGAAGUCCUGAAGGCACGGAGUUCCCUGCCGCUGGCAGAACAACGACCUAUUAUGGUGAAACUGGCACCGGACUUGUCCGACGAAGACAUCCAGGAGAUAGUCACAGUUGUAUGCAGCAAAGCAUGUGCCGUCGACGGGCUAAUCGUAUCGAAUACAACCAUCGAAAGGCCAUCUAGUCUGAAGAGCAUCAAUGCCGGCCAGCUGGGCGGCUUGAGUGGGCAGCCAUUGUUCCAAAGAUCUACCCAACUGGUGGCCAAGGUGUACAAAUGGACCGAGGGAAAGAUUCCCAUCAUCGGCGUUGGAGGGAUUUUCAGCGGUCGCGAUGCGUACAAUAAAAUUCUGGCCGGUGCCAGCGCGGUUCAACUAUAUACGGCGUUUAUUUACCAUGGACCACCGAUUGUGAUACGAGUCAAACAGGAACUUGAGGAGCUACUGAAAGCGGACGGGUACGACAGCGUGCAGCAAGCCGUGGGCAAGGGCGUAGAUCGCAUCUUACAAAGUUGA